AUGGCAGGGGAGGCCUGUGAGGUUCGCUGCCAUCAAGACUGGAGCCUGGAGGACAGUUUCCCACCGGGCCUGUGGGCACCCGUAGCAGAAGGGCCAACAAAGCCCACCUGGACCCUGAGGGGCCAGACGGCUUCUUUGGCAGUGGGGAAGCCGCGGUCUGGAGGAGAACAGCGGCAAGUCCGAGGGUCUCCCCAGCAGCUGGGGUCCCGGGAGCGCUCUUGCAGCACGCCAGCUCGUCCCACCGCUCGGCGCCUAGGCAGAGGCCUAGCCUGUGUCCCGGGACCAGGCGGCGGCGAGGCCAAAGCUGCCUCCGACUCACCCCAGUCCUACUCCGAGGCCCGCGGGCUCUGCGGCUCCUUUAAGAAGGGGCGGUCCGGGCGGAAGCGGAAAUGGCGGCGCGCGCGGAAGCGGCGGCGGUGGGAAGCGAAAAUGGCGGCGCGCGCGGAAGCGGCGGCGGCGGCGGCGGCGGCGGCGGCGGCGGCGGUCAGUGGCUGCGGUUGGGUGCCCGCCGCUGGGUCCGGCCGACCCCGACGUCCUCGACACCCUCCUGCGCCCCGCGGGGUCGGGCUGCGGCCCGCGCGUCCGUCUCCAAGGUGGGGGGGCGGCCGGGCCGGGGCGGGCUGCACGUCCCCUCCCUGUGCGGGGUCCCGGAGUCCUUUCGGUACUCUGGGACGCGAGGAAGACGCAGAGGACGCCUGCGCCCCGCGGCCCGCGCGUGCCCUGCCUUAUGCGCCGCUCCCCGCGGCUCCCUGGACACCCUCCGCCCUGGCCAGUGCCCCUCCGCGGGGCUCCUACCAGCUCCCACGAGCACGUCUUGGGCCUCCGACGCCGGGGACGGUAGCUCCCGACAGCUGGGGACUCUGCGUGCGGCGAGUCCAAGCAGCUGCUUGCGUUGGAGCAGAAAUGUUUCCAGUAUUCUCCCCUGGGGCAGAGAGAAGCCACUUUCCUACGUGUCCACAGAGAAAAUCUAUGCAGGUACAUCGACAGGUGUUCCUGCAAAAGAAAUUUAGAGUUCUUUGGAGUCUCUCGUAACAAUCAACAAUGCCACACUGACUGGAUGCACAAGCGUCUUUGCACCGAAGCAAGAAUAUUUCUGUAGGCUAUAAAGUCCUUGGUGCAGAAGUGCUAGGUCUAGGGCUUUAAGUAGCCCUCCCCUGCUGACGUUGGAGGGCCCUGGUAUCUCCCUGCCCAGGCUUGAUUUGGCAGACCUGGUAGGUGUAAGAUACUGUUUCGUUGUAGCUCUACUUGUUUGUAUGUCCUGUAAGUACAAUCUAACGUCUUAACACUGUGUCAGAUUUAUGUUGAUUGCUUCUACCACUAAUGAUCAUUUUGAAAUUGGAAAAAUGUGUGUUAUUAUAAACAUUUACAUGUUUUUAAGCCGUUUGUAUUAAAUAAUCUUUGCUCAUUUUC